AUGAAUUCUUCUUCUCCUUUUGAUUCUUUUGGAAAUUUUGAGAUUGGAACACAUAAUGGGGAAAAAGUUAUCAUACACUAUCAAUAUGACUCACUUGCAGUUUACUAUUUAGAAACACUUGAAUUAGUUUCGAAAGUAACUUUCCAAUUCCCAGUUGUUUCACUAUUUGUAUCAAAUAACCCUAAAGAAGAAGCACUUAAUUUUGUUAUUAUAACAGAAGAUCAGCAAGCACACUCUAUUUUUUUAGAUAACGCUGAAUUUAAAGUUCAUUCUUCAACGAAUAUUCACGAAAACAUCAUGUCUCAUCACACAAUGCUUACUGAUAAAUUCGAUUACAACUACAUUUUGUUUGAAAGCGGUAAAAUGGUUAAAUUAUCAAAAAAGAGCCCUGUUCAAUAUCAGAUUGAGUGGCCUAUCAAAAAUGGAAAGAUAGUACGUUUAGAGCGAUGCCAUCCAUUCGAAGAUCAAUAUUUAAUUGAAAAAAAUUCUUCAGCAUUUAUUGCAUUAAUUAAAACGGAAAAAGAGUAUUUAGUCGCUACAUACAUAUAUAAUUUCACCACAGAAGAACUUAUGCAAGGACCCUAUACCGCAAACAUUUCUUGUUUUUCCAGAUAUUUAAAUUCCAAAAUCUUUUUCCAAAAUGGAAAGAUAUUUGGAUUCAAUCCAUUCCGCGAAAUCGCCGAAAUACCCGAUGUUACAUGCGCUUCUCAAGCUUGGAAUACCGAAAAAACAAUAAUCUUUACACCUGAAGGAAUUGGAUAUUCAGUUACAGCAGAUUCAUUCACAGAAGUACUUAGAUUGUCGAAUCCACCAUUACGUGUCGAAUCCACCGGCGAUUUUCUGAUUUAUCUUACAUCAAGUGGAGAUUUGAUCCUAAAUGGCACAGAACACAAAGUUCAUAUUGUUGCACCUAUCAGGCUAAGUGAAUACAAGUCAAUUCUCAUCCAAUGCGAUGAAGAUAGCAUCAAAACAUUUCCAACGAUUUCAAUGCCAUCAAUUCCCACAAUUCAGACCAAAUACGAAGGUAAAAAAGUCACAGGAUACAAUGGUGCAACAUGGGAAUGUACAAACAACAUUGUUGCCUUUGCAGGCUGUAAUUCAGAAAAUUCAGAAUUUGUCAUUGCUGCAUCAGUCAAAACUGUUUACAUUCUUAAAGUUCCUAGUGAUUCCAAGGCAAUACAACUCAUAAAAGAGGAAACAAUGACAUCUCCAAUUAUUGAUGUCGCAAUUUCGCCAAUACACUACGCGAUAUCAACCAUUAAACAAGGAGUACAUGUUACAUCAUACGUAGGUGACCCGUUCAACCUCACAUUCCACACAGGACAAUGUCUUUGUCUUUCCCUCUCAAAAACGACGGUUGCCAGCGGUUUUGACGAUGGCAGUUUUAUUUUAGCAUCAUUAGAAGAAAGAGGCCCAAUUGUAAACAUGAAACCAUUCAACACACCCGUGAAAAAAGUGACACACAUUACAGACGACUCAGUUUUAGUUCAAUGGGAUCUUGCUUGUGCUGUUGUUAGUCGUGACAAGUUCCAAUGGUGUUCAUUACCAAAAUUCAAUGGUGCGCAGAUCUCUGCUUUCGCCGCCGACCUUCUUGCAUUAGGAGGACCUGGAGGAAUGUCCAUAUACAAUUUCCCAUCAAAGAAAUUAGUUGCUGUUAUUCCUAAGCGACUUAUUGGCAUCUGUUCAUCAUCUGUUUGUUUUUCCACUUUGUCUUCUUUGGGAAUUCGAUUCUUCGCGUUGACAGCUGAUAACGAGUUGAUUGUUUUGUACUCGCAUAGGGAAAUAGAUGUCGACCAUCAAUCUCUAAUCGACGCAGAUGACGCAAGAGCUAUUUGUGCAGUAGAUGAAAGCGCUUACGUUAUAUGUAACAAAUGCGUCGCAAUAUUUGAUAUGAGAGGAAACAGAAUUGACACCGUUGAUUUCCCUGCUCCUCCAAGAUUUUUCGAAGCAAGUUCAAGAGGUUUUUACGUUUGUUUCGCAAGAAUGAUUUGGUACAUUUCAAGGGAUAUGAGCAUGAAGAAGAUCCCAUUUGAUAAAUCUAACAUUGUUUGUUUCUGUGCAAUUGAUGAUGACAAGUUCUGCAUUGCAACUUCAACAAGAGUUUUGACAUGUUCUGCAAUGGGAACUAAAAUUGUUUUCCAGACAUUGACUAAGGUUGAUAAGAGGAUUAUAUCAAUGAAAGCUCUUUCUUCUUCACAGAUAAGUGUUCCCGAUACUCUUGCAAUUGUGUUUGAAGAUUCUAGUACCGCGAUAUAUCAAAUUCCACAACAAUAA